CCUGCGAUCACAUCAGAUAAUCACUUUCGAGCUAGAGGUGGGGAAUCGUAGCAGGCGAAGAGCGCGGGGUAAGCGACGCGUGCGCUGAAACGCUCCUCUACAUAAAUAUCGCAGCCGCGCUCCUACGGUAGUAACACGGACCGUGCUAUCAAGCGCUCGUUGCCUUUAUGACCAGUGCCUUUUCUCUUUGCAACACAACACGAUAGGAUACGGCCCGCGAUUCUGCUUUACGACCAUCGAUCAAACGAUCACCUAGAAUUCCAGCACUUCAUGCAAUUGCUGGACCAGCAAUAAUAGCGUAUUACAAUGUCGCGUGUCAUGCUGAAGGAGUCGCCGAACGCGGCCUUAGACAAGACCUUAUUAAAUAGGUACCUCGACCUACCACAACCGGAGGAUAAAAUUCAAGCGAAAUAUAUUUGGAUCGAUGGAACCGGCGAAGGAUUGCGAAGCAAGACCAGGACGGUUGAUUUUGUACCAAAAGUUCCGUCAGAUUUGCCAGUAUGGACGUAUGACGGAAGCUCGACUUAUCAAGCCGACGGCGUGAACAGCGACAUUUACCUUUGCCCGGUAGCGAUCUACAACGACCCGUUUCGUCGUGGCCAGAAUAAACUGGUGCUCUGUGACACCUAUUACAGCGAUCUAACUCCAACCACGUCGAAUAAGCGUUUAAAAUGUAACGAAGCUAUGGAAGCCGUCAAGGAUCAAGAUCCGUGGUUUGGAAUCGAGCAAGAGUACACCUUUCUCGAUUUCGAUGGUAGACCGCUAGGUUGGCCUAAAAAUGGUUUCCCGGGUCCUCAAGGACCGUACUAUUGUGGCGUAGGUGCCGACAAAGUAAUCGGUCGCGAGAUCGUCGAGGCACAUUAUCGAGCUUGCCUUUAUGCUGGCGUGAAGAUCGCUGGUACGAAUGCGGAAGUAAUGCCCUCUCAGUGGGAAUUUCAAGUCGGUCCAUGCAGCGGAAUAUCAGCCGGCGACGAUCUAUGGAUUGCUAGGUUUAUUCUACAUCGCGUGGCUGAAGAAUAUGGUGUGAUUGUCACUCUGGACCCGAAACCGAUGGACGGCACGUGGAAUGGUGCUGGCGCGCACACAAACUUCUCAACGAAAGCAAUGCGCACUGCGCCGACUGGCAUUGCUGAGAUCGAGAAAGCGAUCGACAAGCUGAGCAAGCAACACCUCAGGCACAUUCAAGCGUAUGAUCCGCGCGGAGGAAAGGACAAUGAGCGCCGUCUGACUGGAAAAUGCGAAACUAGUAGCAUACACGAUUUCAGUGCCGGUGUAGCCAACCGUAACGUCAGUAUUCGUAUACCUCGCGGUGUCGCUGAAGAAAAGAAAGGUUAUUUAGAAGAUAGAAGGCCUAGCAGCAACUGCGAUCCUUACGCGGUGUGCGACGCUUUAGUACGUACGUGCAUCCUGAACGAGUAGAACAGUAUCUAUUCUCUAGGAUAAUCGCGGUGGAAAGGAGCAAUUGGACGAGAAUUUUCGUAGUGCAAUAUCUGGGUUGUAUCUUCGUUGAACGUAUUCCGUGAAAAUGAUAAAACCUGCUUGGUACAAUUCAUUAUUAUUAAUGGCAUGAAGAGAGGUUAGGGGGAAAACUAGAGAGAUCUGAACUCGGGCGGAAAGUGUAUACUUGAGAAACAGGACGAGAUCGUUCAAGGAUCAUCGAUUAUAUAGUAUGUAUAACUAGAAGACCUUGUAAAGGGAACCCGUGUGUUAGGUAGAAAGAAAAAUGAAUAUGGUCGUUCCGUGUUACUGAUCCACUUGUGUUGAUCUCAAAUCAACAUAUAGGUAAAAUUGGUAGGAGAUGGAAGUUUAAAGGUUUCAUGUAAUAUCAGAUAGUGAACAGAGAGAAAAUAAAAACAAACCAGACGUUUGAUAGAAAUAAUUCUUCUUUUUGGCUGAAUAAUGUAUUUCAGGAAAGUUGUUGCGAAUCGAGCGAUCUGUACUUUGUAUUUGGUAUUUUUAAACAGUACAAUAGGAUCGCUAUAAUUACGUAUAUGUCUAAAUAUGUAGAACAGAUUACUUUUAGAAUGUUUCCCAUGCACGUAGCAUUAAUGUUUCUUAUGUCUACCUAUAUUUAAUU